AUGUGGAAAUAAAUGAACGAAUAAAAAAGAAAGUGCUUCCCACCCAGAGCGUGUGGGUCCCAUCCAUGCCAGAUCGGUCUUCUCUUCUUCUUCAUCAUCAUCAUCACCAUCUUCCACACAAUUCACAAUCCAACAACCAUGAACUCCUUCACGCUAAACAAUCUCUUUUCUCUUCUCUUCUUACUCUCCUUCUCAACACUCACCGUCUUUUCCCACUUCUUCUCUCCCCCCGACAACUACCUCGUCAAUUGCGGUUCCACCGUCCCAAACACCCUCCUCGAUUACCGUUCUUUCUCCGGCGACCUCUCCUCCAAACAAUCUCUUUCCUUUUCCUCCUCUCCCAACUCCCUUUUCAUCAAUAACCAAAACCCACUUCCCAAUUUGCCCCAAAUCUACCACACCGCUAGGGUUUUCACUAAACCUACAAAAUACUCCUUCAAUGUUAAAGAUAAAGGGACCCACUUGGUCCGUUUUCACUUUCACGCGUUUAAUUCCUCGAAUAUCGACCUGGGUCGCGCUCAAUUUCACAUCUUGGUUAAUGGGUAUGUUGUUUUGAGUAAUUUCACUCGUUUUAUUGCUGAUAGUGAAAGAAACCCUAAGGUAGUUGAAUAUCUCAUAUGGGUCGAUUCUGAAAAGGUUGUAAUCGUGUUUGUGCCUAGUAAAGAUUCGAAAUUGGCGUUUGUGAAUGCUAUCGAGGUUAUUUCUGCACCCAAAGACCUUGUUCCUGAAACAGCGCAGUAUUUGAGCUCAGGGGAUUUGAAGAGUUUUCAUGGUUUAAACAAACAAGGUCUUGAAGUUGUAUAUAGGGUCACUGUGGGGGGUCCUAAAGUUACUCCUUUUAAUGAUUCCUUGUGGAGGACUUGGGUUCCUGAUGAUGAGUACUUGAAAUCAUUUGUUGGGUCUGAAAAGCUUUACUUUGGUGGUAGGAUUAAGUAUCAUGGUGGAGGGUCUAGUCGUGAGGUAGGACCUGACAAUGUUUACAAUACUGCACGGUUGAUUCGAAGUAAGAAUGAUUCUGUGCCUAAUGUUAAUAUGACAUGGGUGUUUCCGAUUGCGGGUGGAUAUAAGUACCUUGUUAGGUUGCAUUUCUGUGAUAUUGCUAGCAUUUCGCUUGGUUUGCUAUAUUUCAAUGUUUAUGUGAAUGGUUAUUUGGCUUUUGAAGAUUUUGACCUCUCUUCCAUUUCGGAUUCGCUGGCUUCUCCAUUUUAUGCUGACUUUGUUGUUGAUGGAGGAAGUAGUUUAGGAGCUUUGAGUGUUAGUGUAGGUCCAUCAAAGAGCAGUAUUCCACAUGUCAUUGAUGGAAUGUUAAAUGGAAUUGAGGUUAUGAAGUUGAACAAUACACACAAGAGUCUUGAUGGAGAUGUUUGUGCUGAUUUUGUUCUCAAGAGCCGGUCAAGGGGAAAUACUGGUAUUUUGCUUACUUUUGCAGCUGCUGUAUGCAUUGUAUUGAGCUUAUCCAUAGUGAUUCGUAGGAGGAUUAUUGAGUCAAGGGAAUCUGUAUCAUGGUCAAGGUUGCCUAUGAAUUUAUCUGAGGAUAAUGUUAAGAGUUAAGACCGGCAAUAUAUAGUUUUAUUGAAAGGAACAAGAGGAUUGGAAAUAUUUAAUCUGCAAGUAAAUAAGUUGUUUAUUGAAUAUCAGCAAAUCUAGACAUCUAGGUGGCUUUGACAAGACAACAGAAACAUGAAGGAACAUGCUGCAGUCUGCAGAUCAAGCUAUGAAGGAUGCCAGAGUAUGAAAGCUAGACUAAUACCACUUUUUAGGGAUUGUUGUAAUAUAUCUAAGUUGUUUUACUUGUUUAUAUCAUAAUAUUAAGGCACAACUUUUGCAAUUACAUUAUUUUUGUUUUCAACCAUUCAUCGGUUUCUGUCUGUUUUUUAGUAUUGUAGCUUUCAUCAUUGUAAUUGUUUGAACUUUGAAAGUAAUUAUUGAGUGGUAAAUA